AUGAGUGUCCGAGUCGUCGCGCGUGUCCGCCCCCUGCUCAAGUCCGAACGGGAUGCCGAUGUGAUCCUGCGUACAGGGUCUUCUGCUACCGCCGACUCCAAAUCACGCCAAUCAACCAUUGGCGAUAAGACCGACAAGGUCGACAAGAAAUUGGCGGCAUUGAGGGAUAGGGAUAACAUGGUGCGGAUUCCCAACCCCAAGAAUGAGGGCGAGGAGUAUGCAUUCCAGUUCAAUGCCGUGUAUGAUGCCGAGGUGUCACAACAGGAGCUGUUCGAUGCGGAGGUCGCACCGACAAUCAAGCAUCUACUCAAUGGAUUUGACGUAACGCUCUUCGCAUAUGGUGUGACCGGAACCGGAAAAACGCAUACUAUGCGUGGUGGAAAGACUCUAGCGGACCGCGGUGUGAUUCCUCGCUUGCUCAGUGGAAUAUAUAGGCGCAGCAAGAAGAUUGAGAAGGACAGUGAAGGGGAGACAAAAGUGCAGGUUUCUUUAAGUUAUUACGAAAUCUAUAACGACAAGGUGUAUGAUUUGUUCGAGCCACCAGAGAAGCGCACCAUGGCCGGUCUCCCCCUUCGUGACAAUGGCGGCAAAACCGUGGUUUGCGGCUUGAGCGAAAAAGCAUGUACAAGUUUGAAAGAGUUUGAGCAGCUUUAUGACCAAGCCAACACCAAUCGGUCGACUUCUGCCACUAAGCUCAACGCGCAUUCGUCUCGAUCUCACGCCGUUCUCGGCGUCAAAGUCACAAUUACAUCUCCAGACAAGGUUCGCGUCAGCACUGCUUCUGCUAUUGAUCUUGCAGGCUCGGAAGACAACCGACGGACAGAAAAUGACAAGGAGCGCAUGGUUGAAUCAGCUAGCAUCAACAAGAGUCUUUUCGUCCUGGCACAGUGUGUCGAGGCUAUUAACAAGAAGCAACAUCGCAUCCCAUACCGCGAGUCAAAGAUGACUAGAAUCCUCUCUCUGGGACAGAACAAUGGCUUGACCGUCAUGAUUCUCAACCUCGCCCCUGUGAAAUCUUAUCAGUUGGACACAAUCAGCUCCCUGAACGUCGCCAAUCGCACGCGCAAGAUUGAGGUCCGAGAGGUGGAGAACGACCCCAUGUUCAAGGGCCCAGCUCGCCCGGCUCCCCGUCCAUCUAUGGCAGGCGCAAGACAACCCUUGCGUGCCUUGACAGCUUCGGUAAAUGUGAACAUGCCAGCACCUGCUACUAAGGACCCUGCGGAGAAGGAUGACGGCAAGCCCGUAAAGGCAUUCAGUGUUUACUCAGAUAAGCCGCAGACCAAGCUCGUCAGCCAGCUACGGAAACCGGAUGCGCCAAAGCGUACCUCGAUGUCCAACACUACGUCUCACCUCCCAUCUCUAAAACCGGCGCGUCAGCCUCUCAAUGCCCAGCCCGAACCUCGUCACGCCGAUUUCUCGGCUGCCAGGAUCGAGGAAAUGGUUGAGAAAAAGGUUGAGGAAAUCUUGGCUGUUCGAGCCGUGAGCGAGCAAUCCAAACAAUCACAAAUCCAUGCGCUUAACGAGCAGCUUCAAAAGCGAUUGGAACAAUUGGAACAGCGCAUCGAUGGCACCGAAGAUGCGCGUGCUGAGGGUCUUUCAUAUCUGCUGAUGGCCAAGCAACACCAGGCACGUGGUGAAGAUGGAUCAGCGCUGAGAAUGUACCAGCUGGCAGCUCCCCACUUCCCACACAACGAGAAGCUGGCAGGCAAGAUUGCUACUCUGAAAGAACGUGUCCACGCCAAGGCUUGGGAGCAGAAAGCCCCUUCUCCUCCUAAGGGCAGACUGGGCAGCAUGCUUUCCCUUAAGAAGGACUCAACAAAGUCACUCCUCGGCAAGCGCCAAGCUGAGGACCACGAGGACGAUUACAUGGAUCAGAGCCGUAACGGGUUCUCCAGUGAUGAGGAGAUUUCCCGUCCUCGGUACAAGAAACGGGCAUCAGCCAAGCUUUCUCAGAUCGAAGAAGAUCCCGAAUUUCUCGAUAGCGAGGAUCCAUCCAUCUCACCUCGCACCAUGCACCUGUUGUCUAUCAUCAACUCCCGCGAUGUCAGCCAAAUCAAGCUGCUCAAGGGAGUAGGUGCCAAGAAGGCCGAGGCGCUUGUCGACUGCCUCUGCGAGAUGGACCAAACGUCAUUAGACGCCAACGAUAGUGGAAUUGUUUCAGACCAGCACCAAUUCCGGGUCAGUAGCCUGGCACAGUUGAGCCAGCUGAAGGGUGUUGGAGUGAAGACAGUGGAGAACAUGAGACAAGGAGUUUUGGUUUGA